AACUUGACGAGCGUGAUGACAGAGCACUGUGUGAACCAGCAAACCUCUCAGGAGGAAACCAGGAAGUCUAACAGAGGAGCCACAAAGCAUGAAGAAAGAGAUUAUCACUCAGACGUAGAGAACAUGGCAGAGGAUCGUCAUAGAAACGGGAGGACGACCAACGAGCCUCUGCAGGCCGUCGACCCCGAGCAGCACGAGCUCUCCAGCAAGAGGAAGCCGGCUUUAGUCAGGUCAAAGACCUUCGACCACACUCUGCUGACUCAGGUCCAGACCGACUCAGACUCCAAGUUAGAGAGGAAGAAGUCUCAAUACAGCCAGCUGUCCAAGAGCAAUUGCCAGUACCAUAAAAUAUUUAAGGAGAUCAGCAAAGAGGAGCAGCUCAGACAAAGUUACCCCUGCGCCCUGCAGAAAGACAUGCUCUACCAGGGCCGAAUGUUCGUCUCCGACCAUUGGAUCGGUUUCCACUCCAAAGUGUUUGGCAAAGACACAAAGAUCGCCAUCCCAGUCGUCUCCGUCACUCACAUCAAGAAGACCAAAACCGCCAUCUUGGUGCCAAACGCUCUGGUGAUCUCCACGGCGAACGACAGGUAUGUGUUCGUGUCCUUCCUGUCCAGAGACAACACCUACAAGUUCCUGAUGUCCGUCUGUCUUCAUCUGGAGGAGAAGAGUCCAUGCAGCAGCCCGAUCCCCUCCUCAGCUGAAAACAGCUUCAGGAGUCAGAGGUCACCUCGAUCGCCCCACUUUCCUCUGGCCUUUUCAGGUAACUUCAGUGAUCUGGACGGAGCGGUGAGACAGAGGAGGCAGGAGAUGGAGGAAAGCAGCAGCUCGGAUUCCCAGACGCCCGACUACGAGAAGAUAGCAGAGUUCCCCGUGGCUCCGUUCCUGGAUGUGUUGAAGCACAACGACAGCGCUGCGCCUCCUGCACAUCCGGACCAUCAACACAAAGUGAAGAACCAGCAUCAGAACCAGCAUCAGAACCAGCAUCAGAACCAGCAGAGUCCAGACAACAAGCAGCACGACACGCUCCACUCCGUGUCAGAAGUUUUGAUCGACGGCAGGACGAUGAAACCGGUUUCUCUCAACACUCUGCUGUUUGUGUAUCUGCUGCUAGUGUGUGUCCUGGUGUUGUCUUCCUGUUAUUUGGCCUUCAAGAUCAUCUCGUUGGAACAAAGACUGACGACACUCGGCUCCGUCACAGAGCUCACCCAACAUGAUACCGACUUCCUCCGAGAGAGCAGCGACGUGAACACGGAGCUUUUCUCUGAGCUGUUGUCCAUCAACCUGAUGAAGCUGGAGAAGGUGCAGAAGAACCUGCAGAGGCUGCUGGAAGAAGCUACCUGACGAUACUGGAAACCAGUAUAGGAACUAAAAACCACUGUGUAUAUAUAUAUAUAAAUAUAUACUGUACAUAGAUUAUAUAGUUUAUUAUGCUAGAUGUUACAAACUGUUGAGUACUGUAUUGAAAAUACUUCACACAGCUCAGAUACUGUUUAACAGUAGCUGCGACCAACACGUCCAACCUGUGAUUAAUGAGUUAUUGGCAGAUUUUGGUGCAGUUUUAAACACAUUUGUAUUAGUAGAGUAUUAUAUGUGUAACGUACUGUACAUUUUAGUAUUUUCAGGGCUACAGCAUGUAGUUGGGAGGCAUUAACAGUACUUUUUCCUCUCUGUGAAACAUUGUAACUUCCUGUUUACAGUAUCUGAAGAGAUCAGUGUUGUGUUCUCAGUCUUGGAUUUUUUUCCUGAUCACUGAGUUUUGAUUGAUCACAUUGAUCGGCUGAAACCAUAGACAAGUAUAUAAAAUGGACGUAACAUCAGUGACGUCACCCAUUGGUUUGUGGACUGCUGCUCGGAAGCCAAUAGUAUCGGAUCUGAGCAGCGCCAUCUUGAAAAUUUCCAGUGCAUGCCGGGUAAAACCCCCCCACAAAUUCUACUUAUAUGGGCAUCAGGAGGAGCAUGAGUCGCCCUCCUGAACCUGUGAACCAAUCAACCUGUCAAUCACGACGUAGCCACGCCCUAAUGCAUACCCUGCUUUAUCGUCAAAUAUAAAAUCAGGGAGGCCAAAAUGUCCCAAAUGAACAUCAUACUGCAUUGAAGAAGGCUUUAAACUAGCGAUUGAGACCAUAAACACAUUUUGAAAACGUUUACUGAGGUUAGAAAUCAAGUGAGAAGUUGGUGAAUUCUCCAUUGACUUGUAUAGAGACGGAAGUCCUUUUGACACCAAAACGGUCGCCCCCUGGUGGCCUUUUGAUAGAAUGCAGUUUUAAGUUACUUCCGCGUUGGCCUCAUUUCAGAGGACCGGAACUCCCCGCCUGGCUGAAACAGGAAACACUUUCCUGUCUACGUGAUGACAUUAAGCCUCAAACAACCAGCUCUGGACUUGAUCCUGUUUUUGUAAAUACUCCACAAACCCUGACAGACGUUUCCUCAUGUUUACAUACUGCUGAGUUUGAUGAAGACUCAGCAGCAUUGAAACAUUGCUCCGUUCGCAUUAUUAAAGACGAAAGAAGAAGAAGAAGAAGAAGAAGAAGAAGAAGAAGAAGAAGAAGAAGAAGAAGAAGAAGAAGAAGAAGAAGAAGAAGAAGAAGAAGAAGAAGAAGAAGAAGAAGAAGAAGUUUAGCACUUUUCAAAACAAUGUUAAAAAGGAUCAAAAACAUAAAAAGGAUGAGGAAUACAGUCAGUAAAACAAAAUAAGUGAAAAGACGACACUGAUGUUCAUCGAACCCCAAAACCUAAUUUCUCUUCAUUGAUAUCUGCAGAUAGUUUCAUGUGUUUCAGUUGAUUUACGUCUUUACUGCUGAUUAUUUCCCAGGAUACAGAUACUGUACAGCAGGUGUGACGUCGUGUUUACCAGGUUAGAUUAAAAUCAGAUUAAUUAAUGAGGAUUAAAACUGAAGUGUCAGCAGAAUAAAUUCCAGCUGAGAUUCAAACCAUCGACUGUUACAGACAAAAAUUAAUCACUGUGAUUCUGUAAAUAUUAAAAUGACGAACACAGAUUUAAAAGAUGUUUUAAUGAUUAAAAAGAUCUAUUUUGGAAAUAAAGUUUUAUUUUUGCUGUAA